GAAUUUCCUAAAAAAGUGAAAUAAAUCAUGACGUCGAUAAUUGUUAUCAUUCUAAGUGUUCGCGUGUUGCAGAUAAGAAAUUUAAAUGCAAAAACGACGGUAUCUAUACAUAAAUAAUUAAUAAUACAAAAUCGAUAAAACAGGAGGUCAGUGGAUUUCGGGUUGGGCUUGACAAUGUCAGAUGUCACUAGCGGUGACGUCUCAGGUUGUUGUGCGGUCAAGCCGUCAUUCGAAGUUUGUAGAAACGUCUAAACAGUAAUGGUGGACGGUGAAAAUGUGAUUUUUUUUCUAAUUUUUCGCGGAGAUUACGUCGAGAUAAACUAGUAACGUUUUAAGGUUACUAAAGCGGCAGGGUCGCGUGCUGUCGCGCGGUGCACUGUAAUCAUGCGUCGCAAAGCGGGCAAAUAAAAUUUUCGUGUUUUAUUGCGACCCACAACUUUUUCUUUUUUGGUACGACCAGAGGAUAUGGCCCCAUCCCCGGACGACGACAACACCCCCAAGGCACCUGAUAAAAUCCCGGAAAAACAAAAAUUGGAAAAAACGAAAGACAAAUCCGGAAAGGAAAGCGGAAAGGAUGAGGAGACACUCUCGAAUUUAAAUUAUAAGGAACUUAAAGCGUUGUUGGAUGAAGCCAUCAACUAUAAGAAUCCCAAAGAUCGGGAGGGAAAAAGUGAACUCUUUAACGACCUUCUGCUUCAAGCGGAAGAGACCGAACGUAUAGCCCGGGCGACGUCCGCUGGCGGUUCCGAGCUCGUACGCCACUGCAAUCCGACAGCGCGGCGGCAUCGGCACGGGGGGCCCCGCGGGCGGCGCUCCACCGGGUGCUGCGCCUCCUCCACCCUAGACGGCAGGUCCGUGAGCGAGCGGGGCACCCACGGCGGCAGCCUGGACAACCUCGCCAAGGAGGAGCUGUUCGAGAGUACGAGACGGUUGCGGGGGGGUCGGAAAUCAUCGACAUCGUCGUCGGCGUCGGGAUGCUCGACGAUGGUGAGGGUUAGCGCCCGCCAAAGGGAAGGGGGGAGUCUCCCGUGCAACGUCAACGUUGGGGAAACGCAAAGGGACAUUCAUUUCCUGGAGGAGGCGAAACGGUCCAGAGCCAUGCGCGAAAAGGAAUAUACCGACAUGGAGACUGUCGGCUUGCUCGAGAACGACCAACUGGCCCAGACCUACGAGGAACAAGCUGCCCCAGCGGAAUCGGGCCCCAAAUUCACUUCGAAAGCGACUUGGCAGAUUUCGGGUCACGCCGCGAACGUGGACGACGCGAUACCAACGAAGCUCGACUCGUCGAUUGACAGUAAGAAUUCGAUGGACGUCGCCACUCUGAAAGCGAAAGUGGUCAGUAGCCAAUACAACAUUUUCAUACCCAACUACCCUCCGAAGACCCUGGAACUGGAGGACAAGCGCGUGGAUGAAAACGGCAACGCGCUCCAUCAGAAAUCGAAACGGAAGAAGCCGGCGAACAAGAACGUCGUCGUCGUGUCAUCGGAAAUGAUCGAGGGUCACAAAAAAGAGAUCAUAAACGACGUGCAGCAACUGGUCCACUACAUAGAGGGCACCGACAACCAACAGGUGGCGCCAGGCAGCGGCAAAACCCGCACGGUCCAGUCGUCCAAGUCGAAGCAGUUGCACAAGCAGCACGCGUCUGAAGACGGCGGCGUCGUCCGACCCGGCAAGAAGCGCAAGAGCAAGGAGGGCUCGGGCGUCGUAUCGGGCGUGUCCACUUCGCGGCCCGAACUGAAGAAGAGCAACUCCAUGGGCGAGAUAUCCGGCCUGAAACUGGAUGCGGAAUUCGCGAGUUUCGGUUCCGGUUCCGGCGCGAGUAGCGAAAGGGGCGGCAGCAGCGGCGUGGACAAGGAGGAGGAAGACGACGAGAAAGUGGUAUUGAGGAUAAACAAGCCGUCGGUGGUCGCCGGUCAGAGGAGGUCGUGGGGCAACGUCGAGAUACCGUCGUUCCAAUCUUUGUACAACGCGUCGUCGAUGGAGAACCUAGAGACGUCGACCGAGAACUGGGUGGUGACGCGGACGAAGAAGAAGAGCAAGAAGCGACGGAACAGCGUGAGUAGCGCGGGAGGCCGGCUACGUCCCGGCGGUCUCGGUCGUUCAGACAUCGCGUCCACGUCGCCGAACAGUAUCGAGGAUCAGCGCACGCGCAGAACGUUGUCGCCUGACUUGGCCGGCGUCAUUGUCAUGAGCGGCGCGGGCGCGAAGAUGACCAGGUCGAUGCCGCACAGCGAGAAGAGCAACGACUCGUCGUCGGACGUCGAUUCGGUGCACUCGUUGCCGUUGGACGGGCCGAUUUCCUACGCGGAUAUCGCUAAAAACAGCGAAAAGAAAAAACCGAGUCCCGAGAAAGCGACCGAGCCCGCCGUUCCGAAGGAGAAAUCCCCGCAGCCGCCUAGAGCGGACGCGGUCGAACCCGGCAGCAGUGCUAAGGACUUUUCGACCCCAAUCGCCGCCGCCCCCAUCAACAAAAACACCCCUCCCGACGUGCACAACAUCAAAAGCUUCCCCGCUAUCACGGGCAGCGGCGGAAAAUCGUCGACGUUCGUGCAGAACACCACCGUAGUCCAGACGACGACAACCAGCGACAAGGCCGUUCAGUCGACGAUCGGAUAUGACGAACCGGUCAGAGAAAAGACGCCGAUAUCCGGCGCGAGGGCGUCUGGUCCACGUCACACAAGUGUCGUCCCUAUGAUCGCCGCCUCCAAAACACCGGUCAGACCAAACGCGGGGACGGCCGGCUCCAACGCCUCCGGCAAGACCAGAGUCGCUAAAGGCGGCGCGACGCUCCAGCACCAGCAGAGCCUGCAGGAGGGGCAGAUCUUCUACGCCACCGGCGACAUCCAGACGGAUUUGUCGUUCUUUUCGCAGAUCAUCCAGGCGAACGAGUCGGCGAAGGACUCGCUACAGUUCAACGCGCAGCGUUUGCCCCCGGAUGUGCCCGACGUCCAGACGAUCGAAAAGAUGCAGUUCAUGAAGUGCAUGUCGCCGCCCGCUGUCGCCACGCCCCCGUACCAGCAACAGCCGUCUCCCCAACUGCGACAGCAGUCUGUCCAGUCUCAGACGUUCGGACAACAGCAACAGCCGUCGGGGCAACCGAAGCACCACCAUCAGGCGUUUCAUAAAACGUCCGGUAAUCAACAGCAGAAAGCCGCCACCCAGCAACAGAGCGCCCAGGCGCCUCCCGCUGCCGCCUGCCCCAAGGCCGGCAAUCCGCAUUACAGCGGCCACCAAUCGUCGAGUCCGUUCGUAAAAGCGGCGACCCACAGUUUUCAACCUGCGCAGCAGAGCGCGCAGGCGCGGCCCAGGCCCCCAAGACAACCGUCGAUCUCCGCCAAAACCAGUGAUUUUCCAUUCUGUGAUAGUAGCGAGGAGAGAACAGGCUGUAUGGUUAACGGUGUCGCCGAUGAAACGGUGUACAUGUCGCCGGAGCCUCCGCCCCUCUGCGCGUCUCCCCCUCCCGUCAUAAUCCUGAGCGGGACCGCGAAAGAGGUGCCCGGCCUCGAGUUUGGGUUCGACAUCAACGAGCAGCUGCUGCAGGAGGACACCGGCGUGGAGGAAGACUGCGACGAUCGAGGAGGGGGAGGCAGAGGCAGUGUCGGAGAGGAUUUCACCGCGAGAUAUAUGGCGCCGCCCGAGCAGACGUCUCUGACACCCCAGAGUUUGGAGAAAAUCGUCAACUUUAUAAGUUCUACUUGGGAAUCCAUAUUAGACCAGAACGUACAAUUCUACUCGGACGACUUAUAAAAAGCAACCGUGUGAUAUAGUGCAAAAGUGCUGCGUGGGGGUGUAAGUGCGUAACACAGUGCUAAACAAGAUCGGACACGUUCCAAGUUUCAUUAUAUUUUUGUUAAAGGUAUACUAGUCAGAAUAAACUAACAUACACACAUACAGAGAAAGAACAUAAGACUUAAAACGUGGAACUUGGUGCGGACAGAAGACAGCAAUGAAAGAUAUGAACAAUAAACUUCGCAGUAAGGGUUUGAACCGGUGGGGAUGAGUGUCGUUGGGGAAGGGGUGCCACCCUUAGUGUCGGAUCGUCGGAGACAAUCGGAUAGGUAACGUUCGGGGCCCCGAACCGACCGGACGUUUCGGGGCCGACUUAUUUAUUUUUCUAGCGAAACCGGAAAGAGAGAAACGUAGCGGAAAACUUUAUCUAAAUGUGUGGACGUAAUUUUGUAUUGUACAAUCUUUAACGGUCCACGGUACUUUAUGUAAAACGUAGGUCGGCACUCCCUUUGAAAAUUUUUAUACCGAUUAUAAAAACACCAAAUUCAAAUUGGGCAAGGAUAAUAAACUCAAUUAUUAUUGCAUGUCGUAUUGUAGACAGGAAAUAUGAAAAAUGUUCUAAUAUGCUUAAGACUGGUAUAUGGAAGGUAACAAGCGUUUUUUUCCCUAUAUUUAAAAGCGCAGUUGCCUGUUAUUUUGGGCAAUUGCAAGUUAAACUCGUACAUCUGAACAACCGUGUGUGUGUCGCAUGAAAAAUUGUCAAAGGGGCGCUUUAUUUUCAUAUCGGUUUGUGUCUUUCUAACGCAGUAUCGAAUUUUAAUAAAAACAAGGUUUGCAAAAAAUUGACAAGAAAUGUAUCCAAAAGAAAAUCUGGAACCGUUUGUUUUCUCUGUAUUGCAUUGUUCAAACCCUGGCGUUUUACUUUUUGCCAGCUAAAAAAUUAACGACCAAAUCCAGAAAAUUAAGCAUUUUUCGCGACCUACGGUGAUUAUAUGAACUUUCGUCUUGAUUUAAAAAGUAUCGUCGACUGUCGUGCCACAAUAAACAAGAUUAGAACUGCGAACAGCGAGACCCAGUGACAGUGCAAAUUCAUUGAGGGGGCGAGGCACGCGCCCGCCUCCCCCCUCACCGCGACUUUAGUUUUUUAUCGUUUGGUGCGCCUCGCAGUUGGGAUUCAUCAAACGUAGCUCCAUUUUCCUUUGUUUCUCGUAGAUAUUAAGCGUCCUAUAAGGUAAAACGACUUUGGUGGGGAGUCACCAUAUCGUCAAGAUGGUGGGUCAAGUGGUUUUUUUUGUCGUCUGUUCCAAAUAGGAAUCGUUGCGAAAAUAAAUGUGCACAGGGUAUUGCCGUUUGAAUGUAAAUAUAUACUUUUUUUCCCGAAGAGAAAUUGUUGACGGGUGUACAGGGAAGAUGCGAGCCCGUUUAAUGUUUACGCGUUUACCUGUUUUUUUUUCUUCUCGGUAAUCGGCUCUAGUUGGCAUUUUGCGCACGUCCCUGGUAACCGCAUCAAUGAAAAAGUUCAAAAUUUUAUAACGUAAGUGUACCUAUCGAUGCCAAACUGUGUCGAUGAAUCACGAGAUAUUCGGUAACUUCCGGCAAUCGUGGGUAAAAGAAAAAUACCCUAAGCAGAAAACGAAAGACCCGUCACAAUUUAUUUAAUUUUAGCCUGUCGCGGCAGAUUUUCACGGUGCAACAAGUCGAUGCAACUUGUUGCCGGGAUUUUCCACAAAUAAAAACAAGGCCAGAGUGCCCAAACUCUAAACAAUAACUUCACAGGUUAUUAAAUGUCCAUAUCCGAAAAGUGACCCAACCUUUAUCUUACUUACGCUUGCAUAAUUCUUAAAAAUUAAUUUUCUCGCCGAAUUUAAAGUGCGGCGAAACGUCACCAAACAUGCUGCGUCCUGAAAUUAGAACAAGUUCUAAUUUGAUACAAUCGGGUUGCAUAUGAGAACGGAUCAAGGUUGUGCAACUUAGCACCGUGAAAAUCGAACUUUAAUUUUAAUUUCGCUCAGAUAUGCACCCAGUGUUGCCAGUUGAGGUAAUUGCGUUUUUUCUUUGUGUAUUUUGCCGUACCAGUAAACGACAUACCGCAAUUAUCGAAUCGCAAACUAGUCUGUCGAAACUCAAAACCAAGCCCGCUAGAGAAUACUUUUUCGGAAAGUACUGCGGGACUGCACGUCACGUUUGACGUAAAUAGAGGUUUGGCGCCAACCGAUUCGGAUAUAGGUUUGUUGAGUAUAAGUUUUAAAAUGUUUGUUUCGUUAUGAUAGGUUACAAGAUGGACUUUCGAAAAUCUGUUGGUGUAGUAGCUCAAAUGCCCACCUGCAAGUUUGACGGCCAGUCACACCGCGGUACAUUUGAACUACCACCCAAUACGAAGCGAAGCGCAUAAGUAUGUUGAAAAUAUUAUUCUAUUGUCGUUAUUUUCGCGUAAUGCAAGUUUAAAUCGAUACCCGUAGCGUUGCAAAAGAAAAAAAAUCGUUUGUGUGGGGAAAUUUGAACGUCUGCGAAUCAAAUUUGUUUAUCCUUCGUCUCUACCACCUAACCUAACUAAAAUAGAAACACGUAAUGUAAAAAAGGGAAAGAUAAAUGUAUAAAAUAGUUGUAAUAGGACAAAAUAUAAAGCUAAAUUUUUUAGUUUUUUAAAUACGACAGCAAGUUAUUUUUUGAGAUUCUAGAUUCGAGUAGUUGAAUUCGCUAGGUUUUUAUACAAGACGUUUUGUUUUCCAGCAUAAUAAUAUUGUUAAAAGUGUACGAAUUACUAUUAUCCGGAUCGUGGACCGGCUCGUUCGCGCGGGUUCGGUAUCAGAACAUUGUCGCAGUGAGCGAGAGAGAGAGAGAGAUAAAGGAAUUAUUGAUUAAACCCAAAUUUGUAAAAUAAUUGUUAUGUUUUUGUUUACCACGUUUUUUGGUUAUUUAUAUUUUUCACAAAGUCUAUAUAUUUUGUAAAAUCGACGCAGUUCCUUUUGUGUAAUUGUAAAAUUUUAUAUUGUACGGAUUAUAGUUUUCAGUUCGUUUUCUUGAAAUUAAGCCUUAUUUUUCUUGUGUAUUCAAUUUCUAUUGAUUCAAUCAAUUUCUAUUGAUCAAACGAGUCAGUUUAUUGUAUAUCGCAACUCUUUUUUUUUAAUUGAAUCAGUUUUCCAUGUUAUUUGCUUUAAAAAAAAUAAAAUAAAUUAAUAAUUUA